CUUUUUCUUGCUUUAAAUACACACCCCUUCAUACACCACUCAAAAAACCCCCGUUCUUGCCGACGAGGAUACAGUCUAUUUUAGAGAGAGAAAGAGGAAAUCGAUAGAUAUAGAGAGAGAAAGUGACGUUUAUAUAGAGAGAAAGUAAUUCGAGCCUAGAGAGAGAGAAUGGCGUCGUCGGCGGUGGCUAGGUUAGAUCUGGACGGAAAUCCAAUCAAGCCGAUUACGAUUUGCAUGAUUGGUGCCGGAGGGUUCAUAGGUUCGCACCUCUGCGAGAAGCUGAUGUCGGAGACGCCGCACAAGGUGUUGGCGGUGGAUGUGUACAAUGACAAGAUCAAGCACCUUCUCGAACCGGCCUCCAAUCCCUGGUCCGAUCGCAUCCACUUCCACCGCAUCAACAUCAAGAACGAUUCCAGGCUCGAAGGACUCAUCAAAAUGGCAGAUCUGACUAUAAAUCUAGCGGCGAUCUGUACUCCGGCGGAUUACAACACACGCCCUCUGGAUACAAUCUACAGCAAUUUCAUUGAUGCGCUCCCUGUGGUUAAGUACUGUUCGGAUAACAACAAGAGACUCAUUCACUUUUCUACUUGCGAAGUCUAUGGGAAAACAAUUGGAAGUUUUCUUCCUAAAGAUCACCCUCUGCGGCAGGAUCCUGAUUACUAUGUUUUAAAAGAAGAUACCUCCCCCUGCAUUUUUGGCUCUAUUGAGAAGCAGAGGUGGUCCUAUGCCUGUGCAAAACAAUUGAUUGAGAGGCUGAUUUAUGCUGAGGGUGCAGAGAAUGGCCUUGAAUUCACUAUUGUGAGGCCUUUUAACUGGAUUGGUCCCAGGAUGGAUUUCAUUCCUGGCAUUGAUGGUCCCAGUGAGGGUGUUCCUAGGGUUCUGGCAUGCUUUAGUAAUAAUCUCCUACGGCGAGAGCCACUCAAGCUUGUGGAUGGUGGCCAGUCACAGAGAACUUUUGUUUAUAUCAAGGAUGCUAUUGAAGCUGUUCUGUUGAUGAUUGAAAACCCAGCCAGGGCUAAUGGUCAUAUAUUCAAUGUGGGCAACCCCAAUAACGAAGUUACAGUCAAGCAGCUUGCUGAGAUGAUGACUGAGGUUUACGCAAAGGUAAGUGGAGAACCCUCUAUCGAAUCUCCUACAAUUGAUAUAAGCUCCAAAGAAUUCUAUGGUGAAGGGUAUGAUGACAGUGACAAGAGAAUCCCAGACAUGACCAUAAUCAAUAGACAACUUGGUUGGAACCCUAACACAUCACUUUGGGACUUGCUUGAAUCCACCCUUACCUAUCAACACAGGACAUAUGCCGAGGCUAUAAAACAGGCCAUCUCAAAACCUGUUGCAUCCAGCUGAAGGAAUCAACUGUGGUGUUGGGUUGCUCGAAGAAAGGAAUCGGUUCUUACUUAUUUGUGCUGCUGUUAGGCAGUUUAUUCAGUUCUUUCAAAUUGACUUCUUAAAUUCUAAAUAGUUCCAUUUUCAUAUACGCUACAUUCUAGUCAAAUAGCUCACAGUCGCUGAGGAAUUUUUUUCUUUGAUAUCUAUGUUGGGAACUCACUCAGCUGGGGGGAAAACCAUUUCAUACAAGGUCUUGUUGUCAAUUCCUCCUAUCUUGCUUCUCGUACGAGGGAGUGUGUUGUAUUAUUUGUUUAACCACAUAGGGUUCUUUUUUUUUUUUUUCAAUAUAUUAUUUAUCAGUUCUUUGUUCUGUAGAGUUGUUAAGUUUUUGUUGAACCUGUUCAGGCGAGUGAAAUGAAAUUUUUACCUUCA